UAGGGAUCGUCCGCGUCGUUCGCGGAUUAAUCCAUCUGCUAUCUCUUGCGGCGUAUAGUCGCCUGGUACACCCGGUUCACUUUAUCCCGACUUUUUAUCCCGAUAUCCGGGUUUAAUCCAAAUGGAAACGUUCAUACUGAUUUUAUUAAGCUUAGCUUAUACUCAGUGCUACGGUCAGAGUAGUUAUUACUUCGAGAAUCAUAAAUACUGUGAUGAUUUAUCGCCGUACUUCGGUGAAAUUGAUUUGGACCAGAUAUCCGGAGUCUGGUACGGCGUUGAGAAGAUUCCACAUUCUAAGGGAGAGUAUAAAAUUGAACAUACCAAGGAAUGUUUUCAUAUUGACAUAAGGGAAGUGCAUAUACAGCCCACGCCGCCUACAUCGUACCUCCCGUUGACAAAUUCUCCAUACGUGAGCCGCACGUACGGCCUGCCCGAGCAGUACCGCAUCCGGCACUUCGUGCUUGAAUGGAACGAGGGUCUCUGGAGAGAUGAGUACCACAUCAAGGUGAACACGUCGCAUAAAGGUUUCUGGCCCACGGACGUGCCCAAUAGAUCGGUUGAGAAGAUGUACCGGUUCUUUGGUGGAGUGAUACAAGUGUUGAAAGUAGCAAAGACUCACUUGGUAUUGAAUUUCUGCAUGCGUCUGCCGCACUCCCAGCUGUACAGCGUCGUGUUAUCCAGAAACGAGAACCAGCUGACACCAGAAGACCUCGCCAGCAUUCACAACAUCUUCACACUCAAACAUCUAUCAACCUCCGCUUUGCAACGUGUCUGCGAAAACUCGGCUACAAAUAUUCAAUUGACUGGAACUUUAUUCGUCAUAGUUGCGUUUUUAUUAGCGAGAUGUUGAUGAUUGUAGUUUUAUUAUGUAGCUUUUCAUGUUCACCAAAUGUAAUC